GAGUUUUGGAGAGAGAAACGCUCCUGAGAUCGGAGAGAAGUAGAAAGUUAUAGAGAGAGAAACCUCUGGUGAAUGCUCACCCAACAGGCUCCAGCCUACGGCGAGUCUUCCUCUCGCAGGUAGCGAAAUGCAGUGACUACUUGUUAGUAUGAAUGACCCAAAAAUGCGCGAAACUGCACUGCUACUCUGUGACGAUCCCAACGACGUCGUUUCCAACAGCAAGAAGAAGAAAUCAGACGACCCAGCUCAUCAGCUGGUGCUCGGAGUCGGGCGUAGCCGAUCCCAAGGCGGAACAAGGAGAGUGACACCAACGACGCUAACCAACUCGCCUGCCCUGACCGCCGCCGGCGCGUGCGGGUCGAGCGUGAGCGUGGAGAAGCCGCUUCCGAACGGGGAUCUCUACAUCGGUAGCUUCGCGGGGAGCGCGCCGCACGGAUCGGGGAAGUACCUGUGGACGGACGGGUGCAUGUACGAGGGUGAGUGGCGGAGAGGGAAGGCCUCGGGAAAGGGAAGGUUCUCUUGGCCUUCUGGGGCGACUUACGAGGGGGAUUUCAAGUCGGGUCGGAUGGAGGGCUGCGGGACCUUCAUCGGAUCCGACGGGGACACUUACCGCGGGGCGUGGAGCUACGAUCGGAAGCACGGGUACGGCCAGAAGCGCUACGCCAACGGGGACUACUACGAGGGGCACUGGAAGCGUAACCUGCAAGACGGGGAGGGCCGGUACGUGUGGAAGAACGGGAACGAGUACGUGGGGGAGUGGAAGAACGGCGUGAUUUCCGGUCGGGGCGUGCUGAUUUGGGCCAACGGGAACCGAUACGACGGGGAAUGGGAAAACGGCGUUCCGAAAGGGAACGGGGUUUUCACGUGGCCGGACGGGAGCUGCUACGUGGGUUGCUGGAACAAGGACCUCAAGAUUCAGCUUGUGAAUGGGACGUUCUAUGCUGGAAAUGGGCAGGGCAAAGAGCAAUGCUUGAAGAACAACAAUGGGGCUUUGCUGGGGGGUGAGAAUUUGACAAUAACGAUGCGGAAGAGGUCGUCGGUGGACGGCGCGAGAGGGAGCUUGACGGACCGGAGUUUUCCUAGGAUUUGCAUAUGGGAAUCUGACGGAGAAGCCGGCGAUAUUACCUGCGAUAUAGUCGACAAUGUGGAGGCCUCCAUGUUUUAUCGGGACGGGACGGGGUUCGAUCGCGACGGGUUUCGGCAGUUUCGACGGAAUCCGUGCUGUUUCACCGGGGAGGCCAAGAAGCCCGGUCAGACGAUAUCCAAGGGCCAUAAGAAUUACGAUUUGAUGCUUAAUCUUCAAUUGGGGAUUAGGCACUCUGUUGGAAAACAUGCGUCUAUAUUGCGUCAGCUGAAGCCGAGUGAUUUUGAUCCCAAGGAGAAGUUCUGGACGAGGUUUCCAACCGAGGGAUCGAAGAUUACGCCGCCCCAUCAGUCAGUAGAGUUCCGCUGGAAAGAUUACUGCCCCAUGGUGUUUAGGCGUUUGAGGGUGCUAUUCCAAGUAGAUCCUGCCGAUUAUAUGCUGGCUAUUUGUGGGAAUGAUGCUCUUCGGGAGCUUUCUUCUCCGGGAAAGAGUGGAAGCUUCUUUUACCUCACUCAGGAUGAUAGGUUUAUGAUAAAAACAGUCAAGAAAUCAGAAGUCAAGGUGCUUAUUAGGAUGCUUCCAAGUUAUUAUCAACAUGUUUCUCGGUAUGAAAAUUCCCUGGUGACAAAGUUCUUUGGGGUGCAUUGUGUCAAACCGAUUGGUGGCCAGAAGACCCGGUUUAUCGUGAUGGGCAAUUUAUUCUGCUCAGAAUAUCGUAUCCAUAGGCGAUUUGACCUCAAAGGAUCCUCUCAUGGCCGCACGACAGAUAUGCCUGAGGGUGAGAUUGAUGAAACCACCACCCUCAAGGACCUUGAUCUUAAUUUUGUGUUUCGCCUCGAGCGGAAUUGGUACCAAGAGCUCAUCAAACAAAUUGAACGAGAUUGCGAGUUCUUGGAAGCAGAGAGAAUCAUGGACUACAGUCUUUUGGUUGGUCUUCACUUCCGUGAUGACAAUACAUGCGAAAAAAUGGGGUUAUCACCUUUCCUCUUGCGAACUGGAAAAAAGGAUUCAUAUCAAAAUGAAAAGUUUAUGCGUGGUUGUCGGUUCCUUGAAGCUGAGCUACAAAACAUGGAUCGAAUUUUAGCUGGCCGGAAGCCGCUGAUCAGGUUAGGAGCGAAUAUGCCUGCAAGAGCAGAGCGGAUGGCCAGAAGGAGUGACUUUGAUCAGUAUACCCCUGGCGGAAUAAGCCGUUUGACUCCUUCACGCAGCGCUGAGAUCUAUGAAGUAGUCCUAUAUUUUGGGAUCAUCGACAUUUUACAGGACUAUGAUAUCAGCAAGAAGUUAGAACAUGCCUACAAAUCCUUUCAAGCUGACCCUACUUCAAUUUCAGCUGUUGAUCCGAAGCUCUACUCAAAGAGGUUUCAGAAUUUCAUAGGAAGAACCUUCAUAGAAGACAGGUAGCACAGAGAGGGAAUAUUGGUAUAAAAAACCAGUACUGUUGGAUUGAGAACAAUCCCCAAGUGAAUCUGAUCUGAUCCCUUCUAGAGUAAAAAGACUGGUAAUCAUGCAGAGCUUCCUUCAGUUGUUGGAGCAAGUGCUACUCAAAAGGGUCAGAGGCCAGGCCACUGCAAUGGUGUGGCCAUGAUAUCGGUUACUUCUCGGUGGCGGGUUGUGGGAGGCGGUGCUCAUGGCUGAUUUUUUGAAGCUACAGCCAUGGUAUUAUAACUUUUUGGAAGGGGCAACUACUUGUACAUGCAAGGGGGAGGGAAAUGUUGGGUUUUGAUUUGCUUUUUCUUUUCUUAGUUAGAUUUUUGUUGUACCCAAGGAAUGUGAAGAUUUGAAAGAUAGGUAUAGGGAACUGAGAACAAUGUUGCCCAGAGAGAAGAUUCAAAAUGGGAGGGGGGAGACUUGGGAAUAAGUGAAGUGUACAGGCAUAUAGAAAGGAAUGGAUGGAUAGUCUAUGGAAUUCCAUUUUUCCAUGAUUAUUUUUUUUGUAAGAUAUAUUUUUUUCUUUUUUCUUUUCAGUAAAGAAAUUUGUUUUGAAUCA